AGCAACUGCAAUAUCAAAGUUUGAGCCCAUAACUGUCUGUGCAAGUGCUGCUCAGUGGGCAAAUGCACGGAGUCAGAUUCCAAAAAAUAUCAGAGUUGUUGAGAUGAGUAUGAAUGAUGCUUGGUUUCGUGAUACUGGACCAACUUUUGUUGUAAGUAAAAGAGAAUCAAGUCCCUCAAGACCAGAGCCAAAGGUUGCAGGAAUUAAUUGGACUUUUAAUAGCUGGGGAGGGGUUGAUGAUGGGUGUUACCAAGAUUGGAGUCUUGAUCUUCUUGUGGCAAAGAAGAUCUUAGAAAUUGAGAGGCUUCCUAGAUUUCCACAAACUCUUAUUCUUGAAGGUGGAAGCAUCCAUGUAGAUGGAGAAGGGACUUGUCUUACCACAGAGGAGUGCCUCUUGAAUAAAAACCGGAACCCACAGUUAACCAAAGGACAGAUAGAGAAUGAACUUAAGGCAUAUCUUGGAGUCAAGAAGGUUAUUUGGUUGCCUCAUGGACUAUAUGAGUUGCACUACAAAACUAAAAUAUGCCGACUGUCUGAAAUCACAGUCUUCACUAAACAUAAUGAACAAUUUCAACGUUUAUGGAAUGUGGUGAGAAUUGAAGGUGCUCGGGAGAUUGUUUUAGGAGGUGGAAAUAUCCAUUGCAUUACACAGCAGCAGCCAGCCAUUCAUCCUCCUGCAUAAGCAUUGCCCGUUGAAUUUGUGCACCAUGGUAGGCCUAAUGUUGGUAAACCUGUUCCUGUGAGAUUAACUUUGUGAUGAAUUGCAUGAAUUGAUUCAGCACCUCCAUCUGGGGCUUGCAACAAACUCUGUGGCUUAAUUGUGUUUGUUAUACUGACAAAUGGUACAACUAUUCACUUGUUUAGCUG